AAGGGACUCUAGGCCUUGCUCUCCAAUAUUCGAUCAAACGUCACUAAAUGGCAGGUGAAGCAGUAACGGAAGCAAAUUUGCGUUGCCUGUGGCAAAACCUUACAGUGCCGGCGGACUUCUUUAAAGAUGGCAGACGGGAUACAAUCAAAUACUUCCAGGCCAGCCCAACAUCAAGGAAAUUUUACUUUUCGAGAUGUGAAAUCAUCGAUUUUCAGGAUAUCAAUGGCCACAGCAUCUGGACAACCAAAGGAGACGGCGAGAUUGCACUGCCAGCAAAUAUCGGUGUAUUUCUCCUCAAUGGGACCUGGAGAGAAGGGUAGUGCAUUUAGGGAUCUAAUCUAAACAUUUCAUUCACUAAGUCCAUACCUAGGAGGAAGGCAAUACGCAGGGACAUAGUAACCUCUCGUGGCUUCUGCCUUUUUACGUUCAUUUCAACGCAGUUAGUAGUAUCAUAUAUGCCAUGGCUCUUCUCCCACGUACGCAACUGACUUGCUUCCAUGUUCUGAAGAAUAAGCGGUGGAAAAGUAGUCUCAACACCUCGCCAAGAUGCUUCCUUAUAUG